GCCGUCAAAUCAGGAACUCUGAAGGCAUUCAUUUGGGACUCGGCACGUCUUAACUACGAGGCCUCCCACGAUUGUGAGCUGGUCACCGCCGGAGAAGUUUUCGGUCGCACAGGUUAUGCACUUGCUAUGAAACCCGGAAAUCCUUGGCUCUACGAACUCUCACAGGCCGUUCUCAGUUUCCACGAGCGUGAGUUGAAAGGAGCCUUUUUGGAUAACCUUCGUGAGUAUGCCGGACACCUUUUUGUGGCAACCGAUAAGGCAAUAUUGUUGAUGUUAGCCGUGCACUCAGAAGCGUCUUCUGCGUUUUCUAACGUGCGCCUAGGUGGAUUCAUGGAAACUCUUGACACACAAUGGAUCUUCUCCUCCACGGAAGUUUGUGCCAACACGGAAUCGAGUCCGGCAACUCUGGAGCUUCCCAAUAUGGCGGGCGUGUUCAUCAUGGUUGCCGUGGGAAUCAUUACUGGUCUUCUCCUGCUGCUGAUCGAGAUCGCCUGUGACAAACGCCGCAGUGAAAAGAAACGACGAGCAGACACAGUGCGCACAGCCGGUCUUCACUGGCGUCAAAAAGUGCAGCUCCAGCUGAAGAGAAACACCCAGUCAACCGCCUAUCAGCCCGACUUGGAAUACUGCACCCCGAGUCAAAAAACCCUUACUCCGGGCGCUUUCUAUGUCACGAACUGUCUUACAGAACCGGACGAGAGCAUCCGUACACUAUGUUCCGUGGACAGGUAA